AUGGCAUGGAUUACAUCAGAAGCGAUCGCCUUUUUCCUCGGCGUGGCCCCGCACCUCUAUUGCGCUGUGGCGUUCGCUCUUGCUCCCUGGUAUGCGGCGCUCUACGAGACCCAUAACCACGACAUGCACAACCUGCUGGCUCCACCAAGCUACAUAUUCUGCGUCUUCGUUUUCCUCGUUGCAAGCACUGACAUCGUGUUCAGGCCUAUUCUCCUUCUGUUGCUGUGCUUCAUGCUCUCAGGCAGCCGCCGUCUGUACCUGACUCCGGUCGCGCUAGUACUGAUGUGCCUGAAUGAGCUUUUAGUCGACGGAUACGAGCAAAGUUCCCCGUCCCCCGAGAACGCCAUCGGUGCGAUUAAGUUGGCGCUGGACAAGAUAUCGCAGCGUCUGUGGUUCGCAUGGCUUACUGCAGCAACGGUCUUUUCCGUGCUCGACAUGGUACAGUUUUCCCACGGGAAAUACUUCAGCUUCGAUGUCUACGCGCUUCUGCUGGGGAUUUUGAUUGCGGUGGCUGUCGCUCUGUGCAUUGCAAGUCGAGAUCCAGUCGUGGCUUGGGUCGCUACUUGGUUAAUUGCGGGUCUUGCAAAGGAGACAUUUGAGAUGUUGCAGACUGUUGCUGGGGUCCUAGCGCCCACAUUCGCUAUAGUGCUGUUUAUUGACACCAUCCAAGGACUUCUUCGUGGAGUGGUGCCUCAGGUGCAGAUGGUGACUACAUAUCAUGAUCGGCGCCGAAAUGCUGCGUAUGGAGCGGUGUGA